GCCAGCGAACCCGACGACUCCUCCAACAACAGAAAAAAGCAAAGAGAAACCAGCAGCGAUUUCUCGCUCCUCUUCAGGCCUCACGCUCUCCGAUCUCCAUCAUCUACGUCUUCGUUCUCGAUCUCGAGAUCGAUAAUGGAUCUGCUCCCAACUGAGGCCCCGUCAGUGGGGCUAAGGCACGGGUUCCGAUCUCUGAAGCUCGUCAGCGUCGACAUGGACGAGGUCCUCGCUCAGAAGCCAGUGGGCGUCGACUAUGGCGUUCUUGAUAACGGACUCUCUUACUACGUCCGCUGCAAUCCCAAGCCUCGCAUGCGAGCGGCUCUGGCUCUCGCCGUCAAGGUCGGCUCAGUUUUGGAAGAGGAGGAGGAGCGUGGAGUUGCUCACAUUGUUGAACACCUUGCUUUCAGUGCCACCAAGAAAUAUACAAACCACGAUAUUGUAAAGUUUCUGGAGAGCAUUGGUGCAGAAUUUGGUGCUUGCCAGAAUGCCUUAACUUCUUCAGACGAAACCAUCUACGAGUUGCUUGUUCCUGUUGACAAGCCUGAACUUCUUUCACAGGCUAUAUCAGUUUUGGCGGAAUUCAGCUCUGAGGUGAGAGUUUCUGCGGAGGAUCUAGAAAAAGAACGAGGUGCUGUGUUAGAAGAAUACAGAGGAGGACGUAAUGCAGUGGGAAGGAUGCAAGAUGCACACUGGGCUCUAAUGUUCGAAGGCUCAAAGUAUGCAGAGCGCUUGCCUAUUGGAUUGGAAAAGGUUAUUCGGACUGUUUCACCUGAUACUAUCAAACGGUUCUAUGAAAGGUGGUAUCAUUUGCACAAUAUGGCUGUGAUUGCUGUGGGGGACUUUCCUGAAACAGAGAGUGUGGUUGAAUUAAUUAAGAAACAUUUUGGGAAUAAAAUUUCCAUCUACGGACCCCCUCCCGUUGUACCAAAUUACCCUGUUCCAUCACACAAAGAACCCCGCUUCUCCUGCUUCGUCGAGUCUGAAGCUGCUGGGUCAGCAGUGAUGAUCAGUUGCAAGCUUCCAGACUAUGAAAUGAGAACAGUGAGAGAUUACAGGGACUCACUAGCCGAAUCUAUGUUUCACUGUGCUCUAAACCAGAGACUUUUCAAACUAUCCCGUCGGAAAGAUCCACCAUAUUUCUCUUGCUCGUCAUCUGCUGAUGCACUUGUUAAACCCGUGAAGGCUUAUAUUAUGACUUCAAGCUGCAGAGAAGGCGGCACGGUUGAUGCUCUUGAAUCCAUGUUGAUGGAGGUUGCUCGAGUUCGGCUUCAUGGGUUUUCAGAUCGUGAAAUAUCUAUAGUGCGUGCUCUGAUGAUGUCAGAAAUUGAAUCUGCUUAUUUAGAACGGGACCAAAUGCAAUCAACAAGUUUGCGAGAUGAGUAUUUGCAACAUUUUUUCCACAAGGAGCCUAUUAUUGGGAUUGACUAUGAAGCUCAACUACAAAAAACUAUAUUGCCUCAUAUUUCUUCAAUGGAGGUGUCCAGAUUUGCUAUGAAAUUCUGUACAGCAUGCAGCUGUGUCAUAAAGAUAGUUGAACCUCAAGCACGUGCUACUCUAGAAGACCUCAAAGCUGCUGUAUUGAAAGUUAAUGCGUUGGAGGAAGAAAGAAGUAUUCCUCCUUGGGAUGAUGAGAAUGUUCCUGAAGAAAUUGUUGUCGACAAGCCAACUCCUGGGGGAAUUGUACAGCAGUCUGAAUAUCCAAGCAUUGGCGCCACUGAGUUACUUCUGUCCAAUGGCAUGAAGAUCUGCUACAAAUGCACUGACUUUCUUGAUGAUCAGAUCAUUUUUACUGGGUUUGCAUAUGGUGGAUUGUCAGAGUUGUCAGAAGAUGAAUAUAUGUCAUGCUCAAUGGGAUCAACCAUUGCUGGAGAAAUAGGUGCAUUUGGUUAUAAACCCUCUGUGCUUAUGGAUAUGCUUGCCGGUAAGAGAGCUGAAGUUAGCACGAAAAUUGGGGCAUACAUGAGGACCUUUUCUGGUGAUUGCUCGCCUUCUGAUUUGGAAACUGCUUUGCAGCUUGUUUACCAACUAUUUACCAAAAAUGUUGAACCAAGGGAUGAAGAAGUAAAAAUUGUAAUGCAAAUGACAGAAGAAGCAAUACGUGCUCAAGAAAGGGAUCCAUACACUGCAUUUGCAAACCGUGUACGGGAGCUGAACUACGGGAACUCUUAUUUUUUCCGGCCAAUUAGAAUUGGUGACUUGAAAAAGGUGGAUCCUUUAAGAGCAUGCAGAUAUUUUAGCGACUGUUUCAAGGACCCCUCAACUUUUACUGUUGUAAUAGUCGGGAAUUUUGACCCAACCGUGUCACUUCCUCUAAUUUUGCAAUAUCUGGGUGGAAUACCGAAGCCCUCUGAGACAGUCUUACAUUUCAAUCGCGAUGACUUAAAAGGCUUGCCAUUCAAAUUUCCUGCAACCAUUAUCAGAGAAGUUGUGCGUAGUCCUAUGGUUGAAGCGCAGUGCUCUGUUCAGCUAGCGUUCCCUGUGAUGCUUAAGAAUAUAUCUAUGAUGGAAGAGAUUCAUUUCAUUGGAUUUUUGAGCAAACUACUGGAGACUAGAAUAAUGCAAAUUCUUCGGUUCAAACAUGGGCAGAUAUAUUCAGUGGGUGUAUCUGUCUUUUUGGGUGGUAAUAGACCUUCAAGGACUGGAGAUGUCCGGGGUGAUAUAAGCGUUAAUUUUUCUUGUGAUCCAGAUAUUGCAUCUAAACUGGUUGAUUUUGCUUUAGAAGAGAUAUCAUAUCUUCAACAUAAUGGACCAUCAGAUCAGGAUGUUUCCACUAUCCUUGAAAUUGAGCAACGGGCCCAUGAAAAUGGAUUGCAGGAAAACUAUUACUGGUUGGACAGAAUCCUGCGCAGCUAUCAGUCACGCACAUAUUUUGGUGAUGUCAGUACCUCAUUUGAGGUUCAAGAUGAAGGGCGCACUAAGGUCAGAAGAUCUUUGACACCAUCAACAAUGCAAUUAGCCUUACAGAGAAUUUUGCCUUCCCCAUGCAAAAAACAAUAUACAGUGGUCAUUCUCAUGCCCCAGCAAUCUCGCUUGAAGUUCUUGAAGUCACUGCUUAUCCAAACAGCUAGUGAACAUAGCAGAGAUGCAAAGAUUUUGGCUGGAAUGGCUGGUGCAGUGGUUGUAGCACUUAGUUUAUGGAGAUACUCUCGGAGUACAUUGAAUUCUUAAGAUUGCACCUACCUGGUAGAGGUUUUCAUGAAAGAGAUCAAAACGGUUGCAAAAAAUUGGAUGAAUCUUUUGAUGUGAUGGCACACUUUCAAGUGGGAACGGAGCCAUUAUUUUGAGCUCAAUGAUCAGGUAAAGGGAAAAUGAUUAUCUGAUUGGUAUCCAUCAUCUUAUCUGCUUAUGUUAUGGGUAGAGAAAGCUACCAUCAUUAGUCAUACCGGUCAUUAAAUGGCCAAGUACUGUAUCAGGUAAUGAUUGAUGCAACAGGCUUGCUGUUGGGAUAUUGACACCACUUAGAGCAAAAGCGCUUGUAACAACAUAUUUUUAAAAUGUAAUCCCCUCUGACCUGACGGUCCUGACCCUCGAGUGUAAGUGUUAUACUUUCAUCAGACUGAGCUUUGAUUCUUCAUUUUUUCUUCUGCGGACUAAUAUUGUACAAAUAGGCUACACAGCAUAAUGUUACAGAAUAGAUUGACAACA